AUGGCGCGGCGGCCAGCGGAUCACGUGGUGGCGGUGGGCUGGUGCAAGAAACAGCCAAUCGGAGGGCGAGACGAACGUGAAAGUCUCCAGACCAAUAUGGAAACGUUCUAUCCUGAGAUCAUCGUAGAGAUGGGCACAGCGACUUUAGGAGAAGAGAAAAGGAGGAAGAUGACCAAUAACUAUUUGAAAAGAACUGAGAAUUCUAAAAUCAUCCAAGCCACGUGUGCACUGUUAAAUUCCGGAGGAGGUGUGAUCAAAGUGAAGAUUGAUGAUAAAACCUACAGUUACCGAUGCCAUGGGCUGGGGCAGGACCUGGAAACUUCUUUUCAAAAGCUCCUUCCUUCAGGUUCACAGAAAUACCUUGACUACAUGCAACAAGGGCACAAUCUCCUGAUUUUUGUAAAGUCAUGGAGUCCGGAUGUUUUCAGCCUCCCCCUAAGGAUUUGCAGCUUGCGCUCCAAUUUGUAUCAGAGAGAUGUGACUUCUGCCAUAAACCUGAGCGCCAGCAGUGCCCUGGCGCUUCUCAGACUGAAGCAGUCGAGAGCCCAGAGAGGAAGGCCGAGGGCGAGGGAGCUGCAUCCCCAGAGAGUUCUUGACACAAACAUCCAGGAAGAGGAAGAUAUGAGGACGUCUGCCUGGAACUUUCUUCAGAAGGACAAACUCAUAUAUAAAGAGAAACUCAACUUUACUGAGUCAACACAUGUGGAGUUUAAAAGGUUCACCACCAAAAAGAUUGUCCCUAGGAUUAAAGAAAUGCUUUCUCAUUACAUUUCUGCAUUUGCCAACACCCAAGGGGGAUACCUCAUUAUUGGGGUAGACGAUAAGAGCAAAGAAGUGUUUGGAUGUAAGAGAGAAAAAGUGAACCCAGACUUAUUAAAAAAGGAAAUAGAAAACUGCAUUAAAAAAUUGCCUGUAUUCCACUUCUGCCAUGAAAAACCAGGGGUGAAUUUCACUACCAAAAUCUUGGACGUGUACCAGAAAGAUGUCCUGUAUGGCUACGUCUGCGUGGUUCGCGUGGAGCCCUUCUGCUGUGUAGUGUUCACAGAGGCCCCGGACUCCUGGAUCGUGGAGGACAACUCUGUCACCAGGCUGACGGUGGAGAACUGGGUGGCCAUGAUGCUGGAUAUUCAGCCAGCGCCCUCCAGUUUGACCGCAGGCUGCCGCCUCCCCCUGACUUCACGAGCUUCAUCUGCGCCAGGGAGCCCAUCAUAUCUCCUGAAAGUCCUGGAAUUUAAGGAUGCUCUACAACAACGUCUGUUUCCAGUGACACAGGAAGGGAUACAGUUUAAACCAGAAUCCCUCUGUAAGAAGCUCUUCUCAGACCAUAAAGAACUGGAAGAAUUAAUGAAGACUCAGACACGUCCUUGCUCUCAGGGGAUUGUGCUAUUUUCUAGAAGCUGGGCUAGUGACAUUGGCCUCAGGAAAGACCAGAAUGUCCUGUGUGAUGCUCUCCUAAUAGCAGUUGACAGCCCCCUGGUACUCUAUACGGUCUUCAUACACCCCGCUGGGACUGAAGGGCUUGAGUAUGCCCAGAACACUGCCCGCCAGCUAAAGCAGAAACUGGGAACGCUGGGCGGUUACACGGGGAAAGUGUGUGUUAUUCCGAGGCUGACGCACCUGCCCGGCACACAGGAUAGGCCCUGUGAAGUCCCUGUGCACUACCCCCAGUCCUACCAGCUUGCGAAUAAGGAGGAGAUGGAAGACUUGCUACAGGCCCUGGUCGUGGUCUUGCUGUGCUCUAGUUCCCUUCUGAGUGACCAGCUGGGCUGUGAGUUUUUCAACUUGCUCAUAGCAGAGCAGUGUGAGCUGCUUUCAGAGAGCCUUCAGGAGACGCGAGAACUGUUCGUCCACUGCUUUCCGGGCACAAGGAAGACAGCCCUAGCCGUAAAGAUCAUGGAGAAAAUUAAGGACCUAUUCCACUGCAAAGCAAAAGAGAUCCUCUAUGUUUGUGAACAUGACUCCUUAAAGGAUUACGUGGCCCAACAUACCACCUGCCGAGCUGUGACCCGGAAAACCUUCAUGGGAGGGGAAUUCCUAAAGGUUAAACACAUAGUGAUGGACGAGACUGAGAAUUUCUGCAGCAAGUACGGUGAUUGGUACAUGAAGGCUAAGAGUAUCACCCAUCCAAAGGUGAGGGGAGCGAGAAGUGAAAACCUUCACCACGGGGUUCUCUGGAUCUUUCUGGACCCUUUCCAAGUCCACCAUGCUAAUGUCAGUGGCCUUCCCCCUCCAUCUGCUCAGUUUCCUCGUAAAGCAAUCACCAAAGGGAUCCACUGUUCUCUGGAAAUAGCAAGGGUUAUGAAACAGGAAAUGAAAAAGAUCAAAGAAAACCCUCCCUCCACCUCCUGUCUGGACACACUGGCAUUGUUCAGGGAAGCUGCCUACGAGGAAGCAAUGCGUGCUCAGGCUCUUCCUGGGGUGUGUGAGACAGAGACUAACCUGACAAUGGAACAGAUUGCAAAAUACGUGGCAGAUCGGUGUCAUAGCCUGCUCCAGUGUGGCUAUCUGCCCAAAGAUAUAGCAAUUCUGUGCAGGAGAGAGGAGGACAGAGGACGCUAUGAGUUUGCACUGCUAAAAGCAAUGGAAUUAACUGAGACCCACAGAGCAACAGAAGCUGUGUUCAGCCAGGCCUCUGGCGUUUGGGGCAAUCACAUCAUUUUAGACAGCGUUCAGCAGUUUUCAGGCCUGCAGAGGAAUAUCGUGUUUGGGCUUAGUCCCGAGUGUGCCCUGUCAGAGGAAACUCACAAGCUCUGCUUUGCCUCAAGAGCCAUUAAACACCUCUACCUGCUUUAUGAAAAGAGGGCAGCUUCCUGA